AAUCAGUAUCCACGAAGAAAUGACCAAGCUUUUCUUUCCAUUGUUACCUGUUGAUGAUUGUAAGAGUGUGGAAAGCUCAUACUUCCACAAUCCACUGUUCUUUCUCUCCACUCUCCUCCACCGUCAGCCAUCAUUCCCUUCUUUUUUGUUCCCCGCUUGCAUUGUCAGUCCAGCUGCAUCUUCAGUUCACCUGCCUUUGUCCUUCUGUCAGACGAGCUUGUGACUUUCCCAGUUAUUCAUCCUUUCCAGUGCCUUUGUGUAAGAUUGUAGAGUCAGGCAGUCAAGCGUGUUAACCUGUUUAUUUUGCGCAGAUUCGGGUCGCGAUCAGUGAUCGGACAUUAGUUAGCGAGAACCAGCUCUGGGAUCACUGAUCGUGAUCAAGAUCUGUGUGAAAUAAAAAGGCCCCUCUUGUUUCUUUUAGAUCAUUGAGGACAUGGAUUACGGGAAAAUGCCUUCCGACCAAUCGUCUUGUGGGUGUGGUCGUGAAGUAAUCCACGUAUUACGGCAGACGUUCCUCGUGGUACUGCGAGCACUUCGUCACCCCAUUCGAACGCUUACGCACUGCCGGCGGUCGUGCCGACAUCCACCAUACAGCGAGGUCAGCGAGAGUUCGGCCGCAGAGGACCUUCCAGAUGAUGAAACUUUGAUAUCCACAGUCGAGGCAGACGAACAGAACAACAACUGUACCGCAGACUCCACGGUUGCAACCGAUGACAGACAGAAGCGAAGGGUGUCUAAGCGGAUGAAGAAGACGUUACGAAAGAGCGUGCAGCAUUAUGGCAACGGUGCCAUGUUGUGCGGCUCACCGUUUGGUUCUACGUUAUUAGCACGUGACAUUCAGCAGCGAAUCAGCUUGAAUCAUAAAUAUGUUGAGAUGCAAGAUGUCUACGUACCUUCUUAUGGAGUGUUUCUGUAAAGACUGACGUUUGCACCUUUUUCACAGGGAAUUCGUAAGCCAAAAUGCUACCAGAGUUGGCGAUUCUCGUCAGAUUUCAACCAAGAUAAGCCAAGAUACAAAUACAAGUAGUCACUUCACAAAUAAGUCUUCAUUUCGGGAUGAUUCGAGAUUAGGCAUGUCCAAAACGUCAACACUGCAUUACUGCUUUGCAUAAUACAAUUAAUUCGAUAGAAAAGAAAUAUCGGAUGUUGUUAAAAAAAAGUGUUGUUAAAGUAAUUCAAGAUUUCAAUAUCUCAUCGAGACCACUGUAAGUUGGGCAAGCCUGGAGCCCUCUUGCGUUCAUGUCAAUGCUACAUUAAUGGGCUAGAAUAGUUUACUCACAUAAACUGAGGACAGGACGCGAUCCUUUGAAACUGUUCGGAAAGGUGUACAUGUAAACAAAGCGUAACGUCAUCAGGUUAUGAAUCUGUUGCUUUCUUAACAAUGACUUAUCUUCAACACUCAUAUUAAUUUAUGCCGCUGGUUGCAACUCUCCCGGCGUUCAUAAUCAAUUGCAUCUCGUACACUAUUUUUAUGUGAUUGGUUCCCUCCGUAUUAUAACAAACCAAAUCAGCUACUGGGAACUACUGAUGAAAAUAUGACCAAGGGCCCGGUUCCAAACCAUCCGUCGUUGGUUGAACUAUGAUUACUGAAGUUGUCACUUGAACCUGCCCGGUGAUGCUGUCACAAGUUUGUCUCCUUUGAGCAGAAUGCUAUACCAUUAUGGCUCGUUUAAUGUUAAGCAAUAAUAAUUGACAUUAGUUGCGGGAUGUUCAUCUCUGCUAGUUGAAUAUCCUUGUUCGAUUAAUGUUGGAGAAUGUACUGGCGGAAAGGGACAUCCACUCCGAAAUGAACACUAACAGAAAAAGGCGACUUUGGGAUCAUUCCUUUUUAGUGGCGUAGCCAGGCUCUUCCCAAAUGGGGGCAAGGGGGAAGAGUUCCCAGGGGAGGGGUAUUUCCCCCCUCCCCUUUAAAAAUAUGUAAAACGCCUUAAGGAUUUCGUAUAAGCCUCGCACUUCUGAAGCGCAAACAAGUUUCAAUGAAUUGAAGAAAUUUAAUUGUCACACAUGUGCCCUCCCUGUCCCUCCAAAAUUCCCCGAAAUUUGCUGCCGAAUUCGUUUCUGGUAGCAUGUAUCAUUAACAUAAAUCUACUGAAGUUGUCAGGUGUAGCCAAACCUUAAGGACCUUACCUUUUUAAAUUGAUUGUUUACAGACUUGCAUGAAACUAUACAAUGAAUUUCUCACUGACCCCUUCCUACGUGACAAGUCAUGCAGUUGUGAGGGCGCUAUUCCAAAGUAGUGUGAGAAACAGUUUUUCGUAUCAUACACUGUACUGAUGGCAUAGACGGCAACUUGUUUGCGCAAUUAGCCCAUUAGAAUCCCUAAAACUUCCUAUCCGCAUUUGACGAAUUUACUCCGAGUUAACACCCCCAUCCACUCAAUGCAGCUCCAUUUUCUGACGCAGAUUGCCCUGAUUUGUGGCUAGAGUUUGGAAUGUUCCGUCUGGUUUAAUGCUUUACAAAACAAAAACAAAAAAUUGUUAUAUUCAAGGGUUUCUGCCUUCAAUUCUUAUUUUUUGCCGAUGAUUUGCAAUCACUGUAACACUUUGCGCAUUAAAUGAAGGGGGAAACAUGACACUAAGUAGGGCUUCUACACUUCAGCGGCGGCCAAAUUUUACUGUACAAAGGUAUUUUUAAUAGAAUUCGUUUAAUUAUAAUCGCUGUAUUCCCCAAUCACAUGUCAAUAAACUAAAUUGAAUGCUAUUUUUGGUAAAUUGAAUGAUGAUCUGAAAUAAACACUCCAGUAAGCUUCAGAACGGAUGUUCCAAUA